UUUGGGUUACAGAUAAACAGAUCCAGACUUUGACCUCUGUCUGUUUAAAACCAGCCUGACUACUGAGCAUCACACACAUUCUGACACACAGACUUCUGAUCGUUUGCCUGCCUUUCAGAACCUCUGGACUGAACCAUGAGUUCUUGCGUGACCCUGUCGUCAGGGCAUAAGAUUCCCCUGGUGGGGCUGGGCACCUGGAAGAGUGCCCCUGGACAGGUGAAGCAGGCGGUGCUGACGGCUCUAGACUGUGGCUACAGACACAUUGAUUGUGCUGCUGCGUACAGUAAUGAGCAGGAGGUCGGGGAGGCACUGGCUAUGAGGCUGGGACCAGGAAAGGCCCUGCGUCGUGAGGCUGUAUUUCUGACCUCUAAGCUGUGGAACACCCAGCAUCACCCUGACGAUGUAGAGACAGCCUGUAGGAAGAGUCUAAUACAUCUGGGACUGAACUACCUGGACCUCUACCUCAUGCAUUGGCCCAUGGCCUUCCAGCGUGGGACAGAGCUGAUGCCUAAGCGGGCCGAUGGGAGUGUGUGUUACGAUGACAUACACUACCAGGAAACCUGGGUUGCCAUGGAGAGCCUGGUUGAUAAGGGGCUGGUCCGAGCCAUCGGUCUGUCCAACUUCAACGCCAGACAGACAGACGAUAUCAUCAGCAUCGCCAAACACAAGCCUGUAGUCAACCAGGUGGAGUGUCACCCAUACCUGUCCCAGGCUGAGUUGCUGAGUCACUGCAGGUCGGUAGGUGUAUGUGUGACGGCCUACAGCCCCCUGGGUAGCGGUGACAGGCCCUGGGCCUCGCCUGAUGAACCCUGCCUGCUGCAGGACCCUGGACUGGGGGCUAUCGCCCUCCGCCACAGCAUGACCCCUGCUCAGGUCAUACUCCGGUGGCAGGUACAGAGAGGGGUAGUCUGCAUCCCCAAAAGUGUCACGCCCUCCAGGAUCCAGCAGAACAUACAGGUGUUUGACUUCUCUCUGUCGGAUGAAGACAUGAAGCAGAUGGAGUCAUUCAGCAGAAACGAGAGGUACAUCGUCCCAGCUGUGGAGAGGGACGGAAAGAGAGUGUGGAGGGACGCAGAGCACCCCCAUUUCCCCUUCAAUGAGCCGUACUGACCCCACAUCUAGACACAGAUCAACUGACCCCACAUCUAGACACAGAUCAACUGACCCCACAUCUAGACACAGAUCUACUGACCCCACAUAUAGAGACAGAUCUACUGACCCCACAUAUAGAGACAGAUCUACUGACCCCACAUCUAGACACAGAUCUACUGACCCCACAUAUAGAGACAGAUCUACUGACCCCACAUCUAGAGACAGAUCUACUGACCUCACAUCUAGAGACAGAUCUACUGACCCCACAUCUAGAGACAGAUCUACUGACCCCACAUCUAGAGACAGAUCUACUGACCUCACAUCUAGAGACAGGUCUACUGACCCCACAUCUAGAGACAGGUCUACUGACCCCACAUCUAGAGACAGGUCUACUGACCCCACAUCUAGAGACAGGUCUACUGACCCCACAUCUAGAGACAGGUCUACUGACCCCACAUCUAGAGACAGGUCUACUGACCCCACAUCUAGAGACAGGUCUACUGACCCCACAUCUAGAGACAGGUCUACUGACCCCACAUCUAGAGACAGGUCUACCGGCCCCACAUCUAGAGACAGAUCUACCGGCCCCACAUCUAGAGACAGAUCAACCGACCCCACAUCUAGACACAGAUCUUCCGGCCCCACAUCUCAACAUUAUUUAUGAGAGGUAUUGACAUGUUGAAUGCGCCGAGGUGUCUGUCUAAACUACUGGCACACAGCUCCGACACCCAUGCAUACCCCACAAGACAUGCCACAAGAGGUGUCUUCACAGUCCCCAAGUCCUGAACAGACUAUGGGAGGCACACAACAGUACUACAUGGAACUCUAUUCCACAUCAAGUAACUGAUGCAAGCAGUAAAAUUAGAUUUAAAAAACACCUUAUGGAACAGUGGGGACUGUGAAGCAACACAAACAAUGGCACAGACACACGCAUACGAUAACAUACGCACUAUACACAGACAUGGAUUUAGUAAUGUAGAGAUGUGGUAGUGGUGGAGUAGGGGCCUGAGGGCACACAGUGCGUUGUGAAAUCUGUGAAUGUAUUGUAAUGUUUUAAAAUUGUAUAAAUUGCCUUAAUUUUGCUGGACCCCAGAGUAGCUGCUUUGGCAACAACUAAUGGGGAUCCAUAAUAAAUACAGAUCUACUUGUUUCAUUUCUACACAA